AUGGAUAACUUGAUAUACGAAACUAACCCUGAUGUUAAGAAAGGCGUAGACUUUGCUUUGGAUGUUUUCAAAUCCUGUUUCGAGGAGAAACCUGCACCUCCAGCAGAAGACGAUUCUGAGAAUGCAUUUGUUGAGAACAAGAAUUUUGUCGAAGUUAAAAACCCAUACCUUGUGUCAGAUACCCUGUCUUCAGAGAUCAACCCUGGGAUAGAUUUAGAAACUUUCGAGUACCAGGACAAGCAGCAGAUCGGUGAUGUGCAGAUUAGUGACUUUGAGAAAACUUCCUCAAAGCUAAAGAAAGAAAGGAAAACUGAACGGAGUAAAACUCUCGGUAAAAACUACUUUGAUUUCAAGCCCUCUGAGAUGACAGAGGAACUCAAACGGGACUUGAAAAUAAUCAAGAGUAGGAAUUUGAUCGGGAAGGGGCAAUUUUCAAAUGUGUCUGAUUACAAAAAGAAACUGCCAUCAGCGGUGCAGAUCGGUACCAUCGUAGAGGAUAAAUCUGAAUUUUAUUCAAGUAGAGUACCCAAGAAAAUGCGACAAAAGACCCUUGUUGACGAACUUGCUGCAGAUUUUGACUUCCGUAAAAAGUUGAAAGAGAAGUUUUUGAAAAUUCAGAGCAGUAAGCCUAAGCGACUGAAGGGUGGAAAAGGCAAAAGGAAAAGGAAAUAA